AUGGCGAGCUCCAAGUUACUGUCCAGCACCACCACCAGCAACAACAACCUCAGCAGUUCACGGAUUCACAGCAGCGCCGAGCGGUUGGCGCCACUAGGCCCGGCCAGCUUCGAGAAGACCCGAGCCCAGCGUCGACCCCUUCCCGCCCCGCUUCAAGCUGCUAUCAACGAGGUUCUGGCGGUGAAAAACUUGAUCGAAGGGCUGAGUGAGAGAGGGGAGAGUCGAGAUGACAGCAACAAUGACGACUUCGAUGACCCGGAGACGCCGGUGAUACCCAUUUGCAAGCGCGUGAGUCCGCGCAAGACCCAACUCCAGAGUCGGCGGCCCGAGUGGCAGCGAUACAUCCGCCGCAUCAUGAUGACGAAGGGCAUCCGAGGCUCGACACUCGCGCGUUAUCGCCGUCUUGUGGGGAUCGUGGCUCGCCGAAACCUGACUCAUAGUUAUGCGGGUGCGGCCGAGCGCGUAGUAAGAUACCGCCUCGAGAUUCGAAGCGCGGCCGCGAUACAGACCAUGACGCGCAGUUUUCUGACCCGACGACGACAGGCAAAGCUGCUGCAGCGACACCAAGCUGCGGCGAAGAUCCAGUGUCUCUGCAGGAAGGUGCUCGCGGUGGAGAAGCAGCGAAAAGUGGCAGAAAUCGCGCGG